ACACCGGCCGCCGCCGCCGCCGCCGCCGCCGCGCCAUGGCGCUCGCAAGGCAAGUGCUUUGUGUGUGUGCUUUGCUGUCGCUGCCGCUCGCUCGCGCCGAGCCCAUCCGCUACUCCGUGGCCGAGGAGGCGGAAAGCGGCUCCCUGGUGGGCAAGCUGGCGGAGGAUGCGGGGCUGCCGCCGGCGCAGCUCUCGGCUCGCCGCGCCCGCCUGGUGUCGGAGGACGGCCGGCAGCAUUUUCGCUUGGAGCGCGCCUCCGGCCGCCUGCUGGUGGCGGGGAGGCUGGACCGGGAGCAGCUGUGCGGCCAGUCCGCCACCUGCAUGCUGCCCUUGGAGCUGCUGCUCUCCAGCCCCCUGCAGUUCUUUCGCGUCGAGGUGACUCUGGAGGACAUCAAUGACCAUUCACCAGUUUUCCGAGAAGACCGAGUCACUUUUAGGAUCCCGGAAACCAGCGAGGCGGGCUCUCGUUUCCCUUUGGAAGUGGCUCGGGACCUGGAUAUUGGCAGCAAUACAGUCCAGGCAUAUAGCAUCUCUCCCGAAAACGAGUAUUUUACUGUCUCCUAUGGGACUGGGGUUACAGGCAAGAAGUAUCUUGAACUGGUUUUGGAAAAGCCACUAGACAGAGAGGAGCAGGAAGAGAUGAGUUUCAGUGUUAUUGCCGUGGAUGGGGGCUCCCCUCCCAGGACUGGUACCACCCAAGUGACUAUAGUCAUUCUGGAUAUAAAUGACAAUGCUCCCAUAUUCUCACAGGAGGUGUACACAGGGCAGGUUCUGGAGAACCUGCCAGAAGGCUCUGUAGUUCUGACCGUGCUGGCAACUGAUCCAGAUGCAGGAGUUAAUGGGGACAUCUCCUAUCAACUUAAUGAAGUGGUUGGUGACACAAAUGAAUAG